CGCGCACCCGCUGACAUAAGUGGCGCGCGCGUCGUCACGUCAGGCGAGCUGCUGUUGAACUGACGACGACGCACCAGAAGACAUCAUGGCUUCACUGACGUCUCUGGAUCCAGAGCUGGUUCGGGAGGUGUUGGAAUGUCCCAUCUGCCUGGAGACCUACAACCAGGACCAGCUCCGGCCCAAACUGCUUCAGUGUGGUCACUCCGUGUGUCGCCAGUGCCUUGAGAAACUGCUCGCCAGCACAAUCAACGGCGUGCGCUGUCCCUUCUGCAGUAAAGUCUCCCGCAUGAGCAGCAUUUCCCAGCUGGCCGACAAUCUCACCGUGCUGAAGAUCAUCGACUGCGCCAGUUCAUGCGGAUCCAACAUGGGUCUCAUGUGCAAAUCCUGUAAGAACCGUCUGCCCCGUCAGUACUGUUGUGACUGUGGCGUCGUGUUGUGCGACAUCUGCAAGAGCGAGAGUCACCAGCGGCAAGGUCACGUCGUGCAGGCCAUUCGCGUGGCCGCCGAACAGCGUCGGAAGGACCUCGGCGGGAAGCUCACUGACUUGCGGGAGGCAAUGGGCAACAUUCAAAAAAAGAAAUCCGCCAUCGACAACGUCGCAAAAUCGCUCCGACUGAAGUACAAGGCGGUCCAGCAGGAGUACGCCAAGGCUGAACUGCGGCUCCAGGAAGAACUGAGCCGCUCCCGCCGGUCCUUCACUGCUUCCAUGGCCGAAAUAGAGAAGCUCAACGCACAGAUUCUGGAGGAGCAGACGUACCUGCUCAGUAUCGCUGAGGUUCAGGUGGUGUCCCGUUGCGACUAUCUCACCAUGAGAAUCAAGCAGACCGAUAUCGCUCUGUUAGAGGAGGAAAGCAAUAAUGACGAAGAGGACCUUGACUUAAAAACCAAUCUGCCCAUCGUUCUGAAACUACAGCACCCUGAACUGCUUAAAACCGAGCACUCAAAACCUUUAGACGUGGGACAGCUGACUACAAAACCCUCAACCGUGAACGCAGAAGAGGAAGACAUACUGGAGUUAGCCGCUGCCGCUCCUCUUGACAUUUAUCGGGAUAUUGAUAUGGAAAUGGCGGUGGAAGAGGCGGUCUGUGCUUCACCCGUUAAUUUCAAGUCCAAGUCCGUCGACAGCGGGGAACCAUCUCCAGGGGCUACCGGCGGCCAGGUCUGUCAGUUCGUGAAAAAGAUGGGCUGCAAGGGGAAUCUGCCCGGCAUGUUCAACCUUCCGGUCAGCAUCUGCGUCACGUCACAGGGAGAGGUGCUCGUGGCCGACCGGGGGAACUACCGCAUCCAGAUCUUCAACCGCAAGGGCUUCCAACGGGAGAUCCGCCGCAACCCCAGCAGCAUCGACAACUUCGUCCUGAGCUUCCUUGGGGCCGACCUGCCCAACCUCAUCCCCCUCUCCAUUGCCAUCACCGAUCAGGGCCUCAUCGGUGUCACCGACAACUACGACAACUCCGUGAAGGUUUACACUGCAGAUGGCCACUGUGUCGCCUGCCACAAGAACCAGCUCAUCAAGCCCUGGGGGAUCGCCGCCAUGCCCUCGGGUCAGUUUGUGGUGUCGGAUGUGGAGGGUGGCAAGCUCUGGUGCCUGGCGGUGGAUCGCAACGUAGGGGUGGUGAACUACAACCGUCUGUGCUCGGCGGUCCGGCCCAAAUUUGUGACAUGCGACUCCUCCGGAACGGUCUACUUCACGCAGGGUUUGGGCUUGAACAUUGAGAACAGACACAACGAGCAUCACCUGGAGGGGGGCUUCUCCAUCGGCUCGGUGGGCAUGGACGGCCAGUUGGGAAAACAGCUCAGCCACUUCUUCUCUGAGGCCGAGGACUUCCGAUGCAUCACGGGCAUGUGCGUGGACUCCAACGGCGACUUGCUCGUGACGGACAGCGGCCGCAAGGAGAUCCUCCAGUUCCCCAAAGAAGGCGGCCAUAACGUUCUCAUUCAGGAGGGUCUAACCUGCCCUGUAGGGGUCGCGGUUACUCAGAAGGGGCAACUACUGGUUUUGGAUUGCUGGGACCACUGCGUGAAGGUUUACACGUACUUGCAGAGGAGACGUUCAUCUACCUGCUAGACGCGAAGUAUGUGGGGGAUAUUUUUAGAAGUGCUUUAAUUCAACGGCAACAUCAUAAAUGCGAUUCACCACUGCCACGGACGACUGGAAGACGUGUUUUACUUUGGCUGCUUUGAACGAAUACAGCACAACUGAUGGCAAUAACAGAGCGUGUGGACGCUUGUUCUCAUCUGUAAUUUCUAAAGACAUUAAAACUGCGUUUUGAACAAUUGAGAAGCAAGCUGAAGUACUAGAAACAUGUGUGUGUGUGUGUGUGUGUCGUCAUAUUCUCCUGUCCUAGUUUUUUCCCACAAUGCCUCAAUGUUAAAGUGCCCCCUUAUAUGUCAAGCCUGUGAAGUGAAGCUUCACAGUGUUUACUCAGAUGUUAAAAUACUCGUGAACAUUAAACUUGGGGGAGCAAUCGAGUUCUAAGUUGUCUGUUACUGUUAAACAUUGUUUGUACUGUAAUCGGACUGUCAACACACACGCAUGUCAUAGCUGUUAAAUACUCUACACACACAUUUUAGCACUUCUAAAAUCAUCGAAGAUAUUAGAGACAUCUUUGAUUUGCACACUUCUGGUCUGCUGUUACCCUUUCUUACAUUAAGAAUGUGCUCUCUAAGCUCUGGAUUGAUGAGGUUUUCUUUAAUAUUCACUUCUUUAUAUUAAUUUCAGUUAGAUCAGCAGCAGUGCCAGUGUAAUCAUUUAUAAAGCCAUAGAGAUGCACUUCUCCAUUAGUUCUUUCUCAUUACCCAUCAUGCCUCUGUUGUACUUCAAAUAAAACGUUCAUAAGAUCACAACAUGGUGAAGUGUUUAUGCAUUGUUGGUGUCUGUGAAACGAAUCCCAAAUUCUUGUUUGUAUUGUUCUUGAACAAACUGCGUGCAAUAAAGUCAACAUAUCUGGACUUUUCAUGACUAA